AUGGUCGGUGUUUCAGCCCUGAACGAGUUUAGUGGCUUUGUUCCUGUGAUGGCGAGAGCGGCUGUUUCUGCAACAGCAAUGAAGCAGGUCAUUUGCCGUGAGGCCGGUGAGGCAGGUGCUGUCGAGGCCGGGCUUCCUGCGAACCUGACCGAGGUGGACAUCAUCGAGUUUCGAAAGGUGAGCUUCAGGUAUCCGGCAAAGCUUGACAAGUGGAUUCUUCACAGCUUCAGCUUUCGUGCCGAGAAGGGUCAGAAGGUUGCGCUUGUUGGGGAGAGUGGCUGUGGCAAGAGUACCACCAUCCAGCUCCUUGAGCGGUUCUAUGAUCCGAGUGCCGGUGAGGUGCUGGUGAACGGAACUCCUCUGAGCCGGGUACCGACCAAGGCCUGGCGCAAACUUGUUGGCUACGUUGGCCAGGAACCCGUGCUGUUCGCCACGAGCAUCAUGAGAAACUUGAAGGCCUUGGACAACUCCGUUUCCGAUGAGCAGGCGAUUCAAGCAGCUAAGGUGGCGCAAAUCUAUGACACUGUGAUGCAGCUCCCAGAAGGCAUGGACACACAUGUCGGCCCUGGCGGUGGGCUGCUGUCUGGAGGACAGCGGCAACGAAUUGCCAUCGCGCGUGCCCUGGCAAAGAAUCCGCAGGUCUUGCUGUUAGACGAGGCAACCUCGGCUUUGGACAACGAGUCCGAGCGCAUGGUGCAGGCAACACUGGAUUCUGCUAAUGCCACCAUGGGACGCAACAUUACUACAAUAUCUGUAGCCCACAGGUUGUCAACCAUCAAGGAUUCGGACACCAUCUACGUGCUUAAGGACGGUUACUGCUGCGAGCAGGGCAACCACGAGCAGUUGAUGGCAGCAAAGGGCCAGUAUCACAACAUGGUUAAGUUGCAACAGGCCAGCAGUGAGGAAACGAAGCACCAGCAAGAGGAACAAAGCGACGAAGACCGUUCCACUGAGGAAGAUGAUGAAAACGACAAGUUGGUCACCAUAGCGUCCUUUGCCAGCAGCCUCGGCCUCGAAGUGCAGAAGACGAUCUAUGCAGACGGCGCAACGGAAGAUGCCGGCGGUCCCGCAGUUUUUUGCCGCCUUCUGCGCCUGAUGGGUCGCUACUGGUGGAUCUGGCCAGUGAGUGUCGUCAUCAUCCUGGCGGGAGCAGCGAGCAUGCCGCUGGAAGCUGUCUUGUUCAACACGGCGGUCGUGUCCCUGUCUGAAGCCGCACUGGGCGACUUCGAGGCAAUGUAUGAGAAGUUGGACACUGCCGUUCUUGGUCUUUCAAUCGUCGGUUUGUGCUCGGGAAUCGCGGUGUUCGCACAGAGCUACCUGUUUGCGUACAAGCAGGAAAGCUUGUGCAUGAUCUUGCGCAAGGCAGCCUUUGCCAGGACUGUCUGCAUGGACAUGUCCUUCUUCGAUGCACCAGAGAACCAGACAGGGAGCAUCUUGGUGUCCCUCCAGAUGCACAUGAAUCGAGUGGGACAGAUGCUGGGCAUGCAGCUUGGAAAUUCAGCUGCAGCACUCUUCACGUGUGUCCUCAGCAUUGGCUUCAGUUUCUUCGGCUGCUGGGAGCUGUCCUUGCUCCUCUUCGGCCUGAUGCCUCUUUGCGGCCUCCUUGCCCUCACAGUGGCCGCUUGUGCAGCCCGAACAGAUCCUGAGAGGAUGGAGGCCUACGGCAAGGCUGGCAAAGCCACGUCAGAGGCCGUGACCUCCAUUCGCACUGUGAAAGCGAUGGGAGCAGAAGAACACAUCAUGGAAGUGAUAGACGAGUCCCUGAAUAAGCUGACAGAACUUAACACUGCGAGGUCUUGGAGGCUGGGUCUGUCCCUGGGCCUGAACUUGGCCCUCGUGCAGCUGAUCUUCCUGGCAGGCUUUUCCAUGAGUGCUGUUUGCAUUCAGAACUGGGGCUUCGAUGCUGGCCAGGUGCUGAUGUCGCUUUUUUGCGUGGUGUUUGGUGUGAAGUCGAUUACCUCGAUUGUGCAACACAUUCCAGAUGCUGCAUCUGGCCGAAUUGCAGCUAUGGAGGUUUUCCGUCUUGUCGACCAAGUCUCCAAGAUCGAUGCCACACAACCCACAGGACGUAUCGAAGACCUUGGGGAUGGGUCCAUUGAGUUCAAGGAGGUGCGCUUCCGGUAUCCGCACCGUGCCGAGGUCCGGGUACUGAAGAACAUCAGCUUCACCAUUGCGAAGGGCCAGUCUGUUGCCUUCGUGGGCUCCUCGGGGAGCGGUAAGUCCACAAUCAUUCAGCUGCUGCAGCGCUUCUAUGACCCUCAGAGCGGCUCCAUUCGCAUCGGGGGCACUGAGCUGAAGGAGCUGAAUGUGGCGUGGUGGCGUCGCCAGGUCGGCAUGGUUAGCCAGGAUCCUGUGCUCUUCGAUUUGUCCCUGGAAGAGAACGUCAAAUAUGGCUACCCCGAGGCCACAGCCGCGGAGUUACUCGAAGCAGCGGAGGCGGCGCACAUGGACUACGUCCUUUCUGGCGCAGUGAAGUGGAGUGAUCGCAUGGGCCUUCGUGGUGAAAAGCUGUCCGGGGGACAAAAGCAGCGCUGUGCUUUGGCCAGGGCCUUGAUCCGGAAGCCCGAGGUCCUGCUCCUGGAUGAGGCGACCUCCGCUUUGGACUCCGUGUCUGAACAGGUCGUCCAAAGGGCCAUGCAGGAGGCAAGGUUGGGCAGGACCACCAUCACGGUGGCACACCGACUUUCUACGAUUCGGACUUCAGACAACAUUUUUGUGAUUUCCAACGGCCGGCUCGUCGAAUCGGGCACUUACGAGGAGCUCAUCGACCGCGAUGGCAACUUUGCCAAGUUGGCUGCUGGAAGCCUAUGA